AUGAGUUCGGGACCUAAAACCCUGAAAAGAAAGCCUGAUGAAUCUGUUAGUGAUCAGGUCCCAGUUAAAGUAAUUGAAAAAUCAAGUGAGGGUUCUCGACGUCCUGCGAUUAUAAGUCCUAUCAAAUUAAAUGUACCCACACAGGAUUUUACACCUGAAAUCCCUAAAAAGGUAGACAGCAAGGUCCGUGAAGUCUUCAACUCAGAUGAGGAAAGUGAGGAAGAGGAAAUUCCAACGGAAGCCAGAAUACGAAUGCGAAAUUUAGGAAGAUUAUAUGCUCUGGAAUUUAUUCGCUUUAAACCUCAAAAAUUUCGAGUAGUUUCUCAAUAUUGAUCAGUGCUAAACAAAAUGCAACAACAAUGAUAGUCAGAAACUAUCUGUUCAUAUUUAUCGUUGGCUCCUGCCUAGAAAUAAGGAACUGCGUCGAUACAGAUUUUUAAUUUGAAUAUUCAAUUGUCCCAGUUUAUAAGAAUAAAUUAUUAACCCGUGAUAAAUGUUUCCUUUCACCCAAAUUUUCGCCUGUAAAGUAGUCAUUGUUGUAAUUUUGUGAAACUAGGUUGGAACUCUUGAAGGAUAAAGCGAAAACCAGACUAAUACUAAAGCAGAUAAUUAAGUAAUCUGACUCACUGGUUACUCUUGUUUUAUGGUCGAUCAAGUCAGUUGCCCAAUAGUUACGGAAAAUAAUAGAAAACAAUCAUCGGGCUUCAAACUUAAUGGUCACAAAAACAUACAGCUAGGAUUUUAAUUCAGCUCACAACAAACAAUAGUUCUCUUUGAACACAGUACAUACACAUUUAAGCAAGCUUUUCUGGUUAAAAAUUCAAGCUGUUCAUGACAUACCUAAGUAAUACUCAGUAAAAUAAGAAAGUUCAGACAACUUUAAACGAGAGUUGCCAACAUUUAAGAGUAUUUUUAUACACAUAGUUCCCUUUCUUAUUUUGAAAUGAGUAUGAACAAAGAUUGUAGCCGAAUAACACAAAUUCAUUUUAUUUCGUCGGUUCUCAUUAGCUGCUUACAACCUGUGAUAUUUGAAAGUCAUAAUUACAAAAUGGGCUUAAAUUACUUACGUGAGAGAUUUUGUUUGGAAGUUAUUUUGAAGAUACAUCAGUUAUAGUGUAGGAAGUGUGUGAAUAAAUUUAAUAGACUGAAUAUCGGAAAUAUAUACCUUAUGUAAAAGAAACUUCUACAAUAUUGAUUGUGACAACAGUUCAAAAGGCCAGAAACAAGCGAUUACACAAUGAGUAAACGCUGAUGGGAAUAAAACGAGUAAAGCUACGUUAAUAAGAUUAAUCUGGAAGUUAGUUGAAAUAGAAAACCAAAUAAUGUAAUGAAUGCAAGGAAGAGUUUUAAAAGAGUUUAAGAUGCAACAAAGGAAUAUUUGCCACCAAGACAAUGAGAGAUUAGCAACCAUCAACUUUUGAACACAUAAAUCAGGCUAUUGACGCCUGAUAGCAACGGCUUCAGCAAACGUCAAAAGACUGGUGUUUGGCUGAUUUAUGAUUAAGGUUAGGAAUUGUAUUUAAGGUUUUCGUCACGAACUGACAUCAGCUAUAAUGCCAAAACUCUUUUUUCCGAAUGGGUGAGUAGAUUUCGCACCAAAAUCCGAGACCUGUUAUCUUACGCCUGAUAGGCUUGUUCAUAUAAUAUAGUCCCGCCGCCAGUUUUAAUUUCAUUGUUCAAGUUUCUUAAUUUAUCUAGAUUCAUUGAAAUGUUUCAACCAAUUUGAA